AUGGCUCUUCGAGCAAAGAAAAAACUGGGUUUUGUUGAUGGAACUCUUGUCAAACCAUCAUCAGAUGCUGAUCCUAAGGAUGUUGCUUCUUGGGAACGUUCGAAUGACCUGGUUAGCAGUUGGCUCCUCCAUUCGGUUGCCCCUGACAUUCGCAACAACAUUCUUUAUGCAUCCACUGCUCAUGAAAUAUGGAAGGAUUUGCGUAUUCGUUUUUGCCAUUCGUCGGCCCCAAAUAUCUUUCAACUCAAGCGUGCUAUCUUGCACCUCAAACAAGAAGGACCCUUCGACGAAAUUGGAGAUUGGUCGGGGUAA